CCGCUAUCGCCACACGUGUGCAGUGUUAGUAAAACCGGUGCGAGUGAACUAGGGAAUACUGACCAUGGGCUACAUUAUCCGCAGUCAUAGAAUGCUGACUUUGGCGGAGGUCACCGAUUCUCUCGUAAAGAACUACAAGAUAAAUGUGAGGAACAACGAGACGCCGCUCGCUCACCUGCGCAAUAGGCUGGAUGGUGACCACGCCAGUCCGUUCUAUAUGGAGUGCGUACGUCAGAACCCUUUCGAGUACCUCAUUCUGAACUCCGCUGAAGUUGAUCAACUGAUACAGACCUCAAUGGAGCAUAACGUCUCGCUGGAGGACCUGUGCAAAGUGCUCGCGCGCAGGGACCGCAAUGACGAUCGUGACGACUAUUUUGAGCCGUCGGAUAGUGAUGAAGAGGAGGAGGCUGAGGCUGCAAUCGGUCCGCAACCACCUUGGCUUGUGCGCGGACCUAACAACGAGUUGGAAGAAAACCCCCGCUUCCAAGAUUGGGCCCAGCGCGCUAUCAGAGUCUCGCCUGCCGCUGCCGGCGAAUACGAAUCUUGGGCCGUGCCCGGAAUCGCGGGUAUGGGUAUUGACGAGUUCGAAACUUGGGUGUUGCGCGAAAUCGCAGCUAUGCCUGCUAAUAAUGCUGGGGCCGAUGGUGCUGCUGCUGGCGAUAACGAGGCACCUGUGAUCAACGGUGAGCCCGCCGGCGAACCUGGAGUUGAGGCGGUUGUCAACAACGCCGCUGAUGCUAUGGAGGCGGCAAACUAAAUACAAACCAGUAUGAAGAUGGUUGUAAUGUGGCAUACCUACUCCAAAUAUCAAUGGGUACAUGCCUCCACGUGAAGAGGACUAGAAUUCCUCAUCUCUAGUCACAUAGACGCCUGUUCACAAGGCAUUAAAAUCCUUCUCUAGUUGAUUUAAAAUGAUAAACUUGAGAAAAUCCCCUCUGUGUCCUACGAUGCCAAUGUAUUUAAGAGGGAUUUAUAUUAUAUUAUGUUAAUUUGUGCCCUAAAGGGCAUGUUGAUAAUUUUUCUAAAAUAUUUUUAAAAAAUUAAAAAUAUUUUUGAUAAACUUUUCUAAAUUAAAGACCCUAGGUCAUUAUGAAGACUGAGGACACCCAAGCAUUGCUUUGCGUCUUUUAGUUAAUUGCGAGUAUUAUAUGUUCCUAAUACUUUGUGUAUUUGCAAAGCGAACUGUUUUUUUUUUAUUUAGAUAAUUAUGAUGCAACAUUAUUAAUUUCCAUUUACAAUAAUAAUAGCUGGCUUGCUCAAUUUUUUUUAUAAUUAUUAGUACCUGUUCAAAGUACUGCUACUUCUCAUAAUUCGCUCCAUUCAUUCAGACUUGAAUCGUCGCCUCCACACUUGGGUUAACGGGUUAUUGUUUGACUUUAAUCCGUCUUUACCCGUAAUUUGCUUUAUAAUGUAGUUUGGCCUCUUGUAAGCAACGUUUCAGUACACUAAUCACAUAAUUCAAGGUAUAGCGCCUUCUUGCUUCUACAAGGCUAUAUUUAUUUAAAAUCCCCCUAAGUAAGCCCGGGUCUGAUCAUUGUCGAGUUGUUGGAGCAUCAUUGUACCCGUUGCUCUCAACAACAAGCCCAGAUUUUAAACACAUUGGCACUACCCUUUCUAAGUGUAAUGUUUGUAUUUAUAAAAAUCUGAAUGUAAUUUCUUCGAUGGUUUAUUAUAAGUGUUUGAAUCGUCCAUUGCUUAAUAUAGUGGACUGAUUUCAUGAUCUUAAUAUUAAUAAAAAAUGUAAUACUCCGAUUAUACUCUUAAUAUAAAUAAAUGGAUGCGA